AUGGCACAGCCGAUUGAGAGCUACGACCCCAUUGGAACCAUCUUAGUCCAGGUCCAUGAUGAUCUUUAUGAACUAAAGGAAAAAUUAACAAGUUUCCCACUUGAAGAAAAAGGAAGGACUCUAGACAUUCAGGAUCUCGAAGCAGCAAUCAAAAGGACUGAAAUGGGAUUAAGAAUUCACAUUGAGAAGUAUUUAAAUGUUGUAAACCAUCGCGUGUUAAUGACUCCUAUUGAGGAUGAUAACUUAUAUUCUUCUCAGCCUUCCAAAUGGUAUCUUCCAGCUGUACUUGAUCAGAAGUCAUUUGUUUUCCCUGUGGAAUCUGAGGGUAGACUUUGGCAACCCCCAAAACAGCACACAUCAUUCCCACAUGGCUUUUCAAGAAUAAAGGAAAAGAUAGGGUUGAAUGUAAAAAUCAUGCAGGAUCCUGAAAACAUCCACCACAGAGCUGCUGUAAAUGCGAACUAUGGAAUCAGUUUGCCAUAUAUUAAUCAGAGAAAAGCUUGUGGCUUUUAAGUCUGCUAGAACAAGGAUUGAUUCCACCAACAGCAAAGAUUACCUUUCAAAACCCACCCAUUAUGCCGAGAGCAGCUCUUCUGCAUAAUUUUCAUGAAUCACAUAGGACUCCAACU